AUGGCCGCCGGAGGAGCAGCAGGAUGCGGGGACACGGUGGAGCAGUGCCGGGCCGAGGUGGAGCGUCUGACCCGGGAGCUGGCGGAGGCGAACCGGGAGAAGGUCCGCGCGGCGGAGUGUGGACUGGUGGUGUUGGAGGAGAACCAGAGCCUGAAGCAGCAGUAUGCAGAGCUGGAGGCCGAGCAGGAAGCGCUCAGGAUGGAGCUGGAGCAGCUGCAGGAGGCGUUUGGCCAGGCCUACUCCACCCAGCGUAAGGUCGCAGAGGAUGGAGAGACCAAUGAGGAGACGCUGCUGCAGGAGUCGGCCAGUAAGGAGGCGUACUACAUGGGCCGACUGCUGGAACUGCAGGCGGAGCUGAAGCACAGCCGAGCCACCACCUCCAGCUGCCAGUCUGACAAUGAACAUCUGAGCGGGCUAGUGCAGGAGCUCAGAGAGAGUAACGAGAUGUUGGAGCUGCAGAGGAGUCGGAUGCGAGAGGAGAUCAGGGAGUACAAGUUCCGAGAAUCUCGGCUCCUCCAGGAUUACACAGAGCUUGAGGAGGAGAACAUCUCUCUGCAGAAGCUGGUGUCCACGCUCAAACAGAGCCAGGUUGAGUAUGAAGGGCUAAAACACGAGAUCAAGGUCCUGGAGGAGGAGACGGAGCUCCUGAACAGCCAGCUUCAGGACGCUCUGAGACUGAAGGACAUGUCCGACAGUCAGCUGGAGGAGGCGCUGGAGUCUCUGAAGAAUGAGCGCGAGCAGAAGAACCACCUACGCAGGGAGCUGGUGCACCACCUCAGCAUGUGUGACGUAGCCUACACUGGCAGCGCCCACCUGACCUUCACCUCCGCCCCACCCAGCGGCAAUGCUACCCCGACUACUCUGAUGUCCCCCAACACAGAAGAGCCGACUAGGUGUAACGGUCACCUGCAGAGCGCUUCUACAGCAGGAUCAGCAGCCGGGUCUGGGUCCAGGUCUAAUGGAGAGUACCGGGGGGUAGGUCGUAAAGCAGAGGGGGCAUCAACGUCAGACCUUUUCAGUGAGAUGAACCUGACGGAGAUCCAGAAACUCAAACAGCAGCUGAUGACGGUUGAACGUGAGAAAGUAGCUCUGAUGACCAGUCUGCAGGAGUCACAGACUCGACUCCAACACACCCAGGGAGCUCUGACGGAGCAGCACGAGAAGGCCCUACGCCUUAGCCAGAAAGUCAUCAGCCUCCGCCGCCUACAUCGCAGGGCCCAGCUCCACCAGGAGGCCUACAGCUGUACCUCCUCCCAGAUCCAUCAGGAGGCCCAGAUGGAGCUUGAACAGGAGGAGGCGGAGACGGAGGAGGAGGAGGGGAGGACAGAGGAGGAGAAGAGUGAGACUGUGAAUAAAAGUCAGAUGUUUUCAUAUCAGACGCCUGGUCUGGAGAUCCUGCAGUGUAAGUACCGGGUGGCUGUGACGGAGGUGGUAGAGCUGAAGGCGGAGGUGAAGGCGCUUCAUGACAGGCUGGCUCAGAAUGCAGCAGGAGCAGCGGAGGAAAAACCGAAGAGGAACGGUCAGCUGCAGAAGUUGGAGAGGCAAGUGGCGUCUCUGGAGAAGAGCUGCAGGGAGGGACGGGAGAAGAUUUCCUCCCUGGAGGCAGAGCUACAGACUGCUCAAACAGCAGCCAAUGAGAGCCAGGGGGCGUUGACCGCAGCUCAGGAUGAGUUGGUGACACUGAGUGAGGAGCUGGCCCAGCUGUACCACCACGUCUGCUUGUGCAACAACGAGACGCCGAACCGCGUCAUGCUGGACUACUACAGGCAGGGCCGAGGGCUACGAGGCCUCAGUGCCAGUCUUAAAGCCAUGUCGUCAGACAACAGCAAAGUUCUCCUCACACCUCGCCUCGCCAGACGACUGGCCGCUGUCGCUUCAACAACCUCAACCCCUGCUGAGUCUCGGAGCUCCUCAGAGUCUCCAUCCAAGGAGCCGUUAUCGAGGGAGGGGGGCAGAGAGGAAAAGGAGGGUGACAGGGAGGGUCAACAGGUGCCCCCUGAGCAGAACCUGCUGCCCUGCACGCCUCCAACCCGCUCACCCAGCAUCAGUGCCUCUUCAUCAUCGUCAUCAUCAUCUUCGCCUGCCCUGGAGCCAGCCGGGGAGCUGCGCAGGGAGCCAAUGAACAUCUACAACCUCAAUGCCAUCAUCAGAGACCAGGUGAAGCACCUCCAGCGGGCAGUGGACCGCUCUCUGCAGCUGUCCAGGCAGAGAGCUGCAGCCCGAGAACUGGCUCCUCUCCUGGACAAAGACAAGGAGAGCUGCAUGGAGGAGAUCCUGAAGCUGAAAUCUCUGCUGAGCACCAAGAGAGAGCAGAUUGCCACACUCCGACUUGUGCUAAAGGCCAACAAACAGACAGCAGAGGGUGCCCUAGCCAACUUGAAGAGUAAAUAUGAAGCUGAGAAAGCGAUGGUGACAGACACCAUGAUGAAGCUUAGGAACGAGUUGAAAGCGCUGAAGGAGGACGCCGCCACUUUCUCCUCUCUACGGGCCAUGUUUGCCACCAGGUGUGAUGAGUACGUGACCCAGCUAGACGAGAUGCAGAGGCAGUUGGCUGCAGCUGAAGAUGAGAAGAAAACUCUGAACUCCCUCCUUCGGAUGGCCAUCCAGCAGAAACUGGCCCUCACACAGCGUCUGGAAGAUUUGGCCUUUGAUCAGGAGCAGACCCAUCGUACACGUGGUAGUCGGCUGACUCGCAGGAAAACCAGCACACCCAAAGUAAGUCCCCCGACCUCAGCUUCGGCCUCUGACCCAGCUCAGGGGUCUUCUUCAUUUUUGGCCCCCGUCAGCCUCCCUCUCUCCAGCCUUACUAGUCCUACGUCGAUCCUCUCUGAUGACCCCAUGGCGCCCCUGAGCCCAUCGGUGGUUAGUGCGGCUGCUGCAGCUUUGGCCUCAGCGCUCACCUCCCCUUCUUCGCAUUUACCCCCCCGUAGUCCGUCAUCACAGGCCAUCACUUCAUUGGCUGGUCCUCUGGCACAAGAGAGCCCUCCAUCUCUGGAGGCCCCCUCCACGCGGACACCACCUUCAACCCCGUUAAAGGUGGCUCACUCCCAGUGGACUCUGGGAGUCCGGACGUUUGUGGUUGACUCCCACAGUUUCAGUGUCAACAUCUCCCCUGCUGUCCCCUCCAGACACUCCACCCCAGACACUCAAACCUCGCUGUCGCCAUCCUCCUCCUCCACCUCCACUUCCACUUCCACUUCCAGUUCCACCACCAGGCCCAACCAGCCAGGAUCAGCCCCCUCCUCUCCCUAUCGAUCCCCCAUUUUAGGGCUCAGACGCUCCACGUGGAGCCCGUCACCUCGAACUCGGCCCUUGUCCAGUAUGUCUCGCUCUUCUGUUUUCCAUACGCCAUCUUCAUCCUCCCCGUACUCCUCUUCCCACUUCCCUUCUUCCCCCCACAGCUACUCUUCCGCCUACUACAGCUCCUCUUCAGCUUUUACCCCCUCCAGCUCCUACAGUCACUCUUCCCACUACACACCCCUUUACCCUCGAUAUUACAGCUCCUACCGGCCCAGACACUAAUGACCCUUUACUGCUAUGGCUCCUUACUGACACCAAAACCUGGACCGCUCCCAUCGUAGUCUCAGCUGAGAGACUGGGGGCUCACAGAGAGGAGGACAGACUGGUUUCCUGUUUCCAGUGCCUAAAUUUUGGCCGAUGGGUUCUGAAUGUUCACUGACUUUGCUCAGGGAUUUGACAUGAGGAGCACAAGCAGCCCUGCCUUCCUUUUAUUCUGAGGCUGCUGAUUGGUCGACUGAUUGAGGACGAGACUUUUUAAUGAGAGUUUUUAGACUUUAGAUUCUUCAGGUGGAGAUAACUCAUGCAUGAAGUGAUUCGAACUCUCAGACAUUGACCGGACACUCGGUGGACACUUUCAUGACACAUUCAGUCCCGUCUGUCUUCUGUAUUCACUGUAAUAUCCACUCUGUUUUAAAUAGUAGCUCAUA